AUGUCGAAGCCUAAAGUUGCCAUCUUGGACGACUAUCAGAACAUUGGACCCUCACAUUUUACCCACCUCGAGUCGCGCAUCGAGAUCCAUUCCUUUCCCGAUACCCUCGAUCCCCGCGACCCAAAACAGCAUGAUGCACUCAUCCAGAGACUCCUGUCAUUCGACGUGGUGCUAGCCAUGCGUGAGCGCACGCCUUUUUCCGCAUCAACUGUUGCGGCUCUCCCAAACCUGAAACUACUCUUGACCACUGGGACCAGAAAUUUGGCUCUAGAUCUCGCUUCAUUCACUGAGCGAGGAAUCCCUGUGGCUGGUACUGAGGGUCGCCCCCCGGGUGUGAAUUCGACCGUGCAGCAUACCUGGGCUCUGAUAUUGGGGUUGGCAAGACACAUCGCGAGGGACGAUGCCGCCGUGAAGCACGGUGGCUGGCAGGGAUCUCUUGGAUUCAACCUUAGCGGGAAAUCUCUGGGAAUUUUAGGACUCGGCAAAUUAGGCUCGCAAACGGCCAAGAUCGCCAUUGAAGCAUUUGGGAUGAAGGUCAUCGCCUGGUCGACGAAUCUGACGCAAGAAAAAGCAGACGAGCAAGCUAGAGCUCAUGGCUUGCCUGCUGGUAGCUUGGUGGUUCCUCCUUCCAAGUCGACCUUCUUUGCGACCGCAGACGUGAUCAGCGUGCAUAACGUCCUCUCUGAACGUACUCGUGGCAUUGUGGCUAAAGCGGAACUGGACAUGAUGAAAAAGAAGGCCAUCAUCGUCAACACAUCACGUGGACCUCUCAUAGAUGAAGCGGAUCUGCUGGAAUGCUUGAACGCGGGCGACAUUAGGGGCGCUGCGUUAGACGUGUUUGAUCCGGAGCCAUUGCCAUUGGAUAGCCCCUGGAGAACCACUCCUUGGGGCCAGGAUGGACGCUCUGAGGUGAUUUUAUCACCCCAUAUGGGCUAUGGUGAAGAGGAUCUGCUCCAUGGAUGGUACCAAGAGGUUGCCGAGAAUCUGGAGAGGUGGUUGAACGGUGAAGAAUUGCUACGCAAGAUGAACUAA